GGUGAUAAAUUCCGAAAAUUUAUAAAGGCACCACCUCGAAACUAUUCUAUGAUUGUUAUGUUCACUGCUCUUCAGCCUCAGCGGCAAUGUUCUGUAUGCAGGCAAGCUAAUGAAGAAUAUCAAAUACUGGCUAACUCCUGGCGCUACUCGUCUGCCUUUUGCAACAAACUCUUCUUCAGUAUGGUGGACUAUGAUGAGGGGACAGAUGUUUUCCAACAGCUCAACAUGAAUUCUGCUCCUACAUUCAUGCAUUUUCCUCCAAAAGGCAGACCAAAAAGAGCUGAUACUUUUGACCUUCAAAGAAUUGGAUUUGCUGCUGAACAACUAGCAAAGUGGAUUGCUGACAGAACGGAUGUUCAUAUUCGAGUCUUCAGACCACCCAACUAUUCUGGCACCAUAGCUUUGGCCCUGUUAGUGUCACUCGUUGGCGGUUUGCUCUAUCUAAGAAGGAACAACUUGGAAUUCAUCUAUAACAAGACUGGUUGGGCCAUGGUAUCUCUGUGUAUAGUUUUUGCUAUGACUUCUGGGCAGAUGUGGAAUCAUAUUCGUGGACCUCCAUAUGCUCAUAAGAACCCACACAAUGGACAAGUGAGCUACAUUCACGGAAGCAGCCAAGCUCAGUUCGUGGCAGAGUCACACAUUAUUCUGGUACUAAAUGCUGCUAUCACCAUGGGGAUGGUUCUUCUAAAUGAAGCAGCAACAUCCAAGGGAGAUGUUGGAAAAAGACGGAUAAUCUGCCUAGUGGGAUUAGGCCUGGUGGUCUUCUUCUUCAGUUUUCUACUUUCAAUAUUUCGUUCCAAAUACCACGGCUAUCCUUAUAGCUUUUUAAUUAAAUGAAGCCAAGUGGGAUUUGCAUAAAGUGAAUGUUUACCAUGAAGAUAAAGUGUUCCUGAGAUAUAGUUUGAAUUCUUGAGUUCAUAUCCACAUUCAUUGUGAUAAUUCUAGCUUAUUCUUGUACAAUUUUUGAAAUGUGUUUUCCUAGCCAAUUUAAUUUAUAGAAGUGGAUAGUUAAGAUUCAUAUUAGCACUGGAAAGAACAAGAAAUACUGAAGUGUUUUCAAGCAUAUUAUAUUCAGUGUAUGCUGUAGGACUGAAAUAAAUGACAAUGUAAAUUAUGAAUUCAUGUGUUAGAACUGUUCACUCAUUAGUAAAGAAAACCACAAUGUUAGUAAGGGAAAACUAUGAAAUAUAUGUUAAAGAAUCCUUAAGGUUGUACAGAGAUAAGGUAUAUGCAUGAAAAUAUGUCACAUACUGAGAAAAUAUAUUCCUUGUCAUUUCAGUAUAAAGGUUGUGUGUAUGGUUACAAAUGUUUUGUUGUUAUUAAUCACAAUUAGAGGCAGGGAGCUGGAUGAAUAGUGCCUACAACUUAGAAGCUUAACCUGGGAAAUGGGAGGUUUUUUCCCAGGACAUAAAUUUUAAAAACGAACAGGUCUAAAUCAGUAAGCUUGAAGGUAUUAGGUAUCUGGAAGCAACACACCAGAAGUAGAAAUUAAUUCCCUCUCUAAAUUUAGAAGGGUCACCCAGGAAUCCAGACUUGUGAUUGCAAAACUAACCCGGAUGGCCAUUUUCCCCUGUAUUAUAUGGAAGAAGUUUGCCAUCAAAACCUCAUUCCCUGAAUCCAGAUAAAAAUUAUCCUAUAUAUGAGUGACUCAGUGAAGCUUUUUUGAAAACCAAAUAUUGGAGUCUAACCAUUACUACGUUUGUAUAUCUUCUUUUAGUUUAUAAAGCACUUUUGCAUAUGUUAUUUUCUUCACAUCAACCCUGUAAAUUAGACGAUUUAAAAUUUUUUUCUGACUUACAGAAGUAUUAGAAGCUGAAAGCCAGAAAGAAUAGAAAAAUAGGGCUUAUGAACUGGGCUUUCGAACUCUCAAAUCUGAAUUUUUGUUUUCUUUGGUGCUAAGGAAGAAUUUAAAAACACAGUUUAGUAAACUUUGUUUUUCCUUUUCUAAAGGUUUUGUUAUCUAAUUUUGGCUAAGAUCUAAAUAAUAGACCAUGGAAAACUGAGGAGUUUCAGGUGUACAGUCUCAAACCAAGUGCACAUCUACUAAAUUUAUUUAUUUCAUACCUUUAUGAAAUUCAAUAAAGAAUGGGAAAUAUAAAAAUCCUACAGGGGCAUAUGAAGCUAAGUUCCAGGGCAGUAUGUGUGCUAGAAAUAAGUUAUCUUGUCAAAAUAGGAUAUUCAGUGAAAAUUGCAUAAUAAUUCAGAACUCUGUUCACCUUACCGCAUAUUCCCAAAUCUGUUAUUAAAAAGCACAUUAAGUUCCCUAGUUCCUGUUCAAAGUGUGGUAAAUUUAGUACAGGAAUGGCAUUUAUGGAAAAACAUUAAGUUAUCAUGAUCAUUUGUUUAAUGCCUAUCCCUAGGUAGCACUUGACCUGUAAAUGUAAAUCCAUUGAGUAUUUUUACAUUUUCUAAGAUUCAUUCAGAACAGGCAUUACAAUUGGAAUCUGAAACCAAACUUUACAUGUAAACACAUGUUUAUUAUAAUUAUUUUUGUCUCCUUAAGGCUCAAAGUUGUUAUUAAACAACACACAUUUGUCUAUAAAACUUUAAUAAAGUCAGACAAUGACCAAGGUAAGGAGAACUUCUCUAUUUCAGAUUAGUAAAAGUUUUGUAGCCUGUAUUAUGUAAUUCCCUUUCAGUAAUAUAUGCCUCAACAACAAAAAAUUUUUAGCAUUUUAUAGCUAGAGAGCUGUCACUUUGCUAUAGCCUGUUGUUACAUUAGGGAAGUGAUUCUGGAGGGAAAUAAACUGCCUCAAGACAAGUUGUUACUGGAAAGUGCUAUGGGCAAAACUACGAAGAGUGGUUCAAAUGUAGUUUCGCUUCAGAAUUUAGAAUAUGGAAGAUCAUGUAUGUAAUAUAGGCUAUCUUUACCUUUGCCAAACAAAUUAAAUUGAAAAAUUAAUUCUUAUCUGGUAUGCUGUAUCCUGCAAUGUCACUUUUCAACCAGAUGUACUGUAUUGAAGUCUCCCUUAAAAACUGAUUAUAUGUUGCACAGUCUUCAGUUAGAAUAAAAAGAAUUGCUUUCCUACCCAGAGGAAAAAAUCUUAACAUAAAAUCCCAUCCAAAGGAGUGUAAUUUCUAACAACAUCUAAUGAAUAAAAUGUUGCAUUUUGCUCAGCAUA